AUGAACACUGCGCAUGCUUCUGAAUUCCAUACUGAAUUCAUGCUUCACUAUCAGAAGCAGCUUAAUGGUGCAUUUGCAGCCCUCACUGCUUUACAAGAAGAAUUUGAUUGGACCAUGGAAAAUAAACUGGUGAUCCGGCAUGAUGAACUAAAGCAUACUAGGAGAUGCCACUGGAACUUUAAGCUUCACAAAUUGUUGGCCCAACAAGAACAGUGCUAUAAGCACGCAGACAAGCCAGUCGCAUAUAAUGGCCUCUGCCCACUUCCACUAAAGGCCUGGCUGAAUAUAGUGCUGGUAGAGUCUCGAUAG